GGAAGUCCUCAGAAUUUCGAAACGCUAGCGCACCCUAGAAACGAAACGAGUUUAGAACCAAUUUUUUUCUUGAUUGCUCAAGCCUAGGAGAUAAAUAUUAGAAGGGGUUCCCCUUUCUUCCUUCUAUCAUUCAUUCUUUUUGUUCUCCAACCCUUUUUUUCUUUCUGGAUUCACUCCCUUCUUGUUUAAGAAUCAGUGAUUGCUUUGCUAGCAUUUGUGUACGUGCUUGAGACCCUGAUGUCUUCAUUUCUUGGUAUUCCCAUUUUCAACAUGACCCAUGAAGGGAAAGGGGGAAAGUCUUGCAGGUAAAGAAGGUUUCUGCCUGUCCUCACUGAUCUUUUGCUUCUUUCUUCACCAGGGAAAUGAGGAUUCUAUGGAGCCAUCUCUUGGGUACAGUUAGGAGACCAAUAAUAUUGGAAGAAGAAGAAAUAUUCCCAAGGUGAUGCUCUUGCUGAAUUCUUGAGUUCAAUUAAGAUAAGAAAGGGAAAUAGUGCCAAGUAUCCAUAUUGCCAUUCAACAACCAUAUCACUGUUGACAUGGAAGAGAAAGCAUUUAAAUGCCUGGAGUGCGGAAAGAGUUUUACUCAGAAGGUUCAUCUUCAGCAACAAGGAAGGACUUGCACUGGGGAGAAACCCUAUAAGUGCCUGGAGUGUAUACAGAGCUACACUCAAAAUUCAGUGCUACCUUCACAUCAAAGCACUCACACUGGGGAGGAACCCUAUAAAUUCCUGGAGUAUGGAAAGAGCUUCACUUAUAAUGCAAGUCUACAUAGACAUCAAGGAACUCACACUGGGGAGAAACCCUAUAAAUGUCUGGAGUGUGGAUUCAGCUUCACUCAUAUUUCAAAUCUACAUAGACAUCAAAAGAUUCACACUGGGGAGAAACCCUAUAAAUGCCUGGAGUGUGGACAGAGCUUCACUCAGAGUACAGAUCUACGUGUCCAUCAAAGGAUUCACACUGGGGAGAAACCGUUUAAAUGCUUGGAGUGUGGACAGAGCUUCACUGAAAAUGGAAGUCUACGUGUGCAUCAAAGGAUUCACACUGGGGAGAAACCCUACAAAUGCCUGGAGUGUGGACAGAGCUUCACUCAGAGUUCAGGUCUACGUUCCCAUCAAAGGAUUCACACUGGGGAGAAACCCUAUAAAUGUCUGGAGUGUGGAUUCAGCUUCACUCAUAUUUCAAAUCUACAUAGACAUCAAAAGAUUCACACUGGGGAGAAACCCUAUAAAUGCCUGGAGUGUGGACAGAGCUUCACUCAGAGUACAGAUCUACGUGUCCAUCAAAGGACUCACACUGGGGAGAAACCGUUUAAAUGCUUGGAGUGUGGACAGAGCUUCACUGCAAAUGGAAGUCUACGUGUGCAUCAAAGGAUUCACACUGGGGAGAAACCCUACAAAUGCCUGGAGUGUGGACAGAGCUUCACUCGGAGUACAUAUCUACGUUCACAUCAAAGGAGUCACACUGGGGAGAAACCCUAUACAUGCCUGGAGUGUGGACAGAGCUUCACUCGGAAUGAAAAUCUACGUGUCCAUCAAAGGAUUCACACUGGGGAGAAACCAUUUAAAUGCUUGGAGUGUAGACAGAGCUUCACUGAAAAUGGAAGUCUGCGUGUGCAUCAAAGGACUCACACUGGGGAGAAACCCUACAAAUGCCUGGAGUGUGGACAGAGCUUCACUCAGAGUUCAGGUCUACGUUCACAUCAAAAGAUUCACACUGGGGAGAAACGGUUUAAAUGCUUUGAGUGCGGACAGAGCUUCACUCGGAAUGGAAGUCUACGUAUCCAUCAAAGGAUUCACACUGGGGAGAAACGCUACAAAUGCCUGGAGUGUGGUCAGAGCUUCACUCAGAGUUCAGGUCUACGUUCACAUCAAAGGAUUCACACUGGGGAGAAACCCUAUAAAUGUCUGGAGUGUGGAUUGAGCUUCACUCAUAUUUCAAAUCUACAUAGACAUCAAAAGAUUCACACUGGGGAGAAACCCUAUAAAUGCCUGUAGUGUGGACAGAGCUUCACUCAGAGAACAUAUCUACAUUCACAUCAAAGGAGUCACACUGGGGAGAAACCCUAUACAUGCCUGGAGUGUGGAAAAAUAUUGACUUGUUCAAAUCUACAUAGACAUCAAAGGACUCACACUGGGGAGAAACCGUUUAAAUGCUUGGGGUGUGGACAGAGCUUCACUGAAAAUGGAAGUCUACGUGUACAUCAAAGGAUUCACACUGGGGAGAAACCGUUUAAAUGCUUGGAGUGUGAACAGAGCUUCAUUAGUAGUUCACAUCUACGUACACAUCAAAGGACUCACACUGGGGAGAAACCGUUUAAAUGCUUGGAGUGUGGACAGAGCUUCACUCGGAAUGGAAGUCUACGUGUCCAUCAAAGGAUUCACACUGGGGAGAAACCCUAUAAAUGCCUGGAGUGUGGACACAGCUUCACUCAGAGUGGAAAGCUAUGUGUGCAUCAAAGGACUCACACUAGGGAGAAACCCAAAUACUUAGAGUGUGGACACAACUUCAUUAACAGUGGAGACUGUGCAUGCGUCAACAAGAGUAGACAUGCCUAAUUUCUCUCCUAACUAUAAGCACAAUUAAAACCUCAAAAAGCCCAUAAAGUGUCAUAAAUCUCUCCCUAACUGGGUUCCAGAUCAAAAGAGAAAAGAGAGGAGGCUGAGCAGUCAUGACUGAAGGUUACCAAAGCCAUAAAUCUCUGAAUACAAACAGAAGACCGGGUGAUAGUAAGUAUGGCUGAUAGAAAGGGGAAGAGUGAGGAGGAGUAAAAAAAUUGAACAAGAUUAUAACCGCAUUGGAAUAUCUUAAAUUAAACAUGGAGAGUUUAAGACUGGGAAAUGAGCAGAGAAGAGAACAAAUUACACAAAUUUAUAAUUGUCUUGGGCUAAUAGUAUUUAUUUAUUUAUUUAUUUUAUCGUGUCAGUAGCAACCAGACAAUUGUAUUACAUUUUAUUAAUAGUAACUAAGGUAGAAGAGUGCCAAGAAAAUUUCAAAGAGACAGAAGCCAAGCUGAGAAGAUGAAUUGAUGGCUUUGAAAAACUUAAAUCGAAAUCUCCUUCAAAAAGUUGGUGACGUGGAAGACCGCUCGUGAAGAUCCAGAUAAGACCAAGGACAAGCCAGCUGGACAAAAUGCACUGAAAGACCUGGAAGCUGCAGGGACAGGCUUACCUCAGAGAUUAUUUGCUAUGGGAAAUCCAAAAGAUAUGGAAGAAAAACGAAUCUCAAGGAACUUGAAGGACAUAGAUUUUGACUUGGAAAAAAUUAAAAAUAUUGGGAAGCAAUCACAAGAUCUUAAAAGACAGAAAAUAAGAGAGGAGAAUAGAAGAAUUGAAACAAGAUCCAGUACAGAGACAUAGGAAUGAACAGCCUAAGAACUGUGGAAUAAUGAAACUUGGACAAAUGAGGGUAAAUGGGUGGAAGAAGUUGCAAGAGAGGAGAACCGGGGAAGGGCAACACAGUCACCAAGGGAGAGUCUGGGGAUGAAAGAGAACAAAGGGAAAACUCUUUCAGGUCUCCCUCUGAGGGAAGGAGGGAGAGGUCUGGACUCGGAGGGGAAGAAUGGGAAGACAAGCAGACAGCAAAAUGAAAGUGCAGGAGGGUAAAUGCAAAUAAUAUAUGUGUGAAGUAGUAACGAUGUAGCAUCAUUGCAAUGGUUUAUUUACUCCACAACAAAGAUCAAAAGUUAUGAAAAUGGUUAAAGAUUGUGUUUUAGUGUAUUGUUUAUUGCCUGUGUUUAUUUUGCUUAAUUGUGAUAAUUUGCUUAGGUUUUGUAUUGUUGUAUUGUUAUAUUGUAUUGCUAUAUUGUAUUGCUAUACUGUGUGUCGAGGCCUUGGCCUUUGUAAGCCGCAUCGAGUCGUUCAGGAGAUGCUAGCGGGGUACAAAUAAAGUUUGUUUAUUUAUUUA